AUGCCACCAUAUCUUCUCAUUGUGACUCUUUUAUUUUGCCUCCAUCUAAGGCUAGGAGUUGCCGAAGUAUCUGAACGCAGUCUUCACGACCAUAGGCUAUCUGUGGACAACGUUAUUAUUGAAUCGGUUGAUCCUGGAAAGCCUCCACCAAUUGGUUACAUACGAUGCUCCAUUCCUAGAAGAUGCUGCCCAAUAGGUGUCACAUGCUGUAAACUUGAUAUGUACUGCUGCCAGCAUAGUAAGGUUCUCUUCAUGGGAAUGAACUGUUGA